AUGGAAGAGGAAGCGGGUCCCCGCUCGGGCGGCGGCGUGAUCCAGGGCGAUGCCAGCCUGGAGUUCGAGACGAGCAAGGGCGUGAGGGUGGUGUCCACCUUCGACGCCAUGAACCUGAAGCAGGACCUCCUGCGCGGCGUCUACACCUACGGCUUUGAGAAGCCGUCCGCCAUCCAGCAGCGUGCCAUCCUGCCCAUCAUCUCGGGCCGGGACGUGAUCGCCCAGGCGCAGUCCGGCACGGGGAAGACCAGCCUGAUCGCCAUCACCCUCUGUCAGAUGCUGGACAUCAACACGCGAGAGGUGCAGGCGCUGGUGGUGUCGCCAACACGCGAGCUGGCCACACAGACGGAGAAGAACAUCCUGGCCAUCGGCGACUUCAUGAAUGUGCAGGCACACGCCUGCAUCGGGGGCAAGUCCGUGGGCGAGGACAUCCGGCGGCUGGAGGCGGGGGUGCACAUCGUGUCUGGCACCCCGGGCCGCGUGUACGACAUGAUCAAGCGACGCAGCCUGCGCACGCGCGCCAUCCGCACGCUGGUGCUGGACGAGGCGGACGAGAUGCUGUCCAAGGGGUUCAAGGAGCAGAUCUACGACGUGUACCGCUACCUCCCCCCCGAGACCCAGGUGGUGCUGGUGUCGGCCACACUGCCGCACGAGGUGCUGGAGAUGACGCACAAGUUCAUGACCGACCCGGUGGAUUGGCUGACGGACAAGAUGCGACAGAACAACUUCACUGUUUCGGCCAUGCAUGGCGACAUGCCGCAGAAGGAGCGCGACGCCAUCAUGGACGAGUUUCGCUCCGGCGCCACGCGCGUGCUCAUCACCACCGACGUCUGGGCGCGGGGUCUGGACGUGCAGCAGGUGUCGCUGGUGAUCAACUACGACCUGCCCAACAACCGCGAGCUCUACAUCCACCGCAUCGGGCGCAGCGGGCGGUUCGGGCGCAAGGGCGUGGCCAUCAACUUCGUGAAGAAUGAUGACAUCAAGAUCCUGCGCGACAUCGAGCAGUACUACGCCACGCAGGUGGACGAGAUGCCCAUGAACGUUGCAGACCUGAUCUGA